AUGUAUCCAGCGGUUUCUGCCUCAGAGGCAGCGCUUCAGAAAGACAAUGAAGUUGCCUGCACGCUUCUCAUUGAGCUUCUGGCUCAUCAAUUUUGUUAUCCCGUUCAAUGGAUCAAGACUCAAGAUCUUAUUCUGAGGGACAAGGAGACGAACCGAGUGGUGGAAUUCGGACCAGGUAACACAUUGGUCAAGAUGGCCGAACGGACUAUAGCGCAGCAGUAUGCGCAACAAGACGCUGCGGCAAACAUCUCGCGACAAUUAUUAAGUUUCCAGCAAAAUUAUGAUCAAAUAUCCUACGAGCAAAAACCUGUGCACCCAUCAUCAACCAAAAAGACUGAAGACGCAUCUGCGGGAUCUGAGCCGAAGCCCAUCACUUUGACAUCGAGUGAUUCGCCUCCAGAAAGUGCACCAGCCAUCAGCGUUCAACAGUCAUCUAAUGUCAUGGCAGUCGAGUUGGAAGAUGAGCCAGCAAGUGCAAUCGAUAUUACAACAACCAUUGUCUGUAUGGGCCUAAAAAAGCCACUGGACGGUGUUGAUACUACCAAGUCCAUUAGGGCACUUUCUGGAGGCCGCUCGACUCUGCAAAACGAGAUCCUUGGAGAUCUUGGGGCCGAGUUUGGUGUCAUACCAGAUGGUGCCGAGGAUAUGUCUAUCAACGAUUUCUGCUCUUUAGUGCAAGGGACAUUUGCUGGAAAGCUGGGAGCCAAGUGUUCCUCGGGAAUCGAGAAGAUGGUAUCACAGAAGUUCAGUGGAUCGUUCCAGGGCUCUGGAAUACGAAAGUAUCUCAAAAAGCAAUGGGGGUUUGGUCCUGGCCGUCAGGAUAGUGUACUUCUCUGGGCGUUGACGUCACAACCGCAAGCCAGGCUACAGAAUGAUGACGAGGCCAAGAUCUUUAUCGACGGCAUAGUUCAACAAUAUAUUAAAAAACGCGGACUGGUCUUGCCGGCUGAGUCAAGCGCUGCAGGUCCUUCCGCGGCUCAAACCACCGUCAGCGUUGAGGUCCUGGACUGCUUGGAAGAAAGACAAAAAGAAGUCUUUAAGGAGCAACUCGAACUUUAUGCUAGGCUGCUGGGAGUCGACCUUCAUGCCCCGGAAGCUGCAAAUGCUGCACUUUGCCAACGCAUAUCGGACCUGGAAGAGCAAUUAGACGGGUGGAAUAUUGAACAUGGCGAAGCUUAUGCGUCUGGCUUGAAACACAUCUUUACACCACUGAAAGCACGUGUCUACGAUUCUUGGUGGAACUGGGCCAUGCAAGAUCUCAUGUUACUGAUAUCCACGGCCACAUCUGGGAGUCUACGUGAUAUGGAACCAACCAUAGAUCGACUGAAAAGAAAUUUGGUGCGAAAAUCUCAUUCGAGGCUCGUUUGCGCGAUGCGGCACUUUUUAAGUACGACGACAAAUGUCCACGUCGCAGAAACCCUCCGCGACGUCUUAUCUAGAUGCGAGACUUCCAUGAACGAGAUGCCGGUGGUUUACUGGCACGACCAGUCGAUGGCCCCUGUGACCACCAUUGAUCAAUCCGGCAAGAUCGUUUACAGCGAGAGGCCUAGGUCACUGCGCAUUGAUGAUGACAAGCUUCUAAGGAUUGGCCACAAAGUUGGCAACAAUUGGGAGUACCCUGACAGUCUUUGCAGCACUUUGCAUCAAGUGCUGGCCGGAGCAAGAACAACAGGCCUCUCCUUCGCGGGACGAAAUAUACUUGUUACAGGUGCAGGUGAAGGGUCUAUUGGCUGCAGCCUGGUUUCUAAGCUGCUAUCCGCUGGUGCGCAUGUCAUUGUUACCAGCAGCUCCUACUCGCCCAGCGUUACUCGAUUCUACCAACGCCUGUUCGCUGAGCACGGCAGUAAGGGCUCAACACUCAUACUCGUCCCUUUCAACCAGGCCAGUGUCCGCGAUGUCGAAGCUUUGGUAACAUACAUUUAUGACGACGGCGGCCUUGACAUGGAUCUCGACCAUGUCAUCCCGUUCGCGGCCAUCUCGGAAAAUGGCCGAAAUUUGGACAACAUCGACUCACGCAGUGAGCUUGCUCAUCGAGUAAUGCUCACAAAUACAAUUAGACUGCUGGGUAGAGUCAAGCACCAUAAAGAAGCCAGGAAAAUUGUUACGCGCCCAGCUCAGGUGAUUCUUCCUUUGUCACCUAACCAUGGAAAAUUUGGUGGGGAUGGACUCUAUGCGGAGUCGAAGCUCGGUCUGGAGUCGUUCUUUGAUAAAUUCCACUCGGAAGACUGGGCCGACUAUUUAUUAAUAUGUGGUGCGCUUAUCGGCUGGACGCGAGGGACAUUUUUGAUGUCUAACAAUGACAUUGUUUCCGAGGGCAUCGAGAAACAUGGCAUGCGUACGUAUUCACAAGAUGAGAUGGCGCUCCAGAUCGUGGCAUUGAUGGAUCCAGCCAUUGUGUCUUUGUGUACUGAUGAGCCCUUGCUCGCUGAUUUGAGCGGUGGCAUGGCCCAAAUAGCCGACUUGAAGGGUGUUGUCACUGGGAUUCGAGAUUGCAUCAAUCAGCUGAGCGAGGAGAGGCGCAUGAUGACACAUGAGGCGCUUUCCGACGCUCACGUAGUGAGUCUGGAAGAGGAAAUUGAACCACAAGCGAACAUUGAUUUCAGUUUCCCUGCCCUCCCCGACUGGAAAACCGAAAUCACGCCAAUGGCGGACCAGCUGAAGGGCAUGGUUGAUCUUGAUCACGUUGUUGUUGUCACGGGCUUUGCUGAAAUAGGGCCAUGGGGCAACUCGCGAACCAGAUGGGACAUGGAGGUCAACGGCUCUCUAUCGCGAGAAUCGUGUGUCGAGUUGGCAUGGAUCAUGGGCCUCAUCAAGGCGCAUUCAGGCAUUGUGGACGGAAGGCCAUUCUCAGGAUGGAUCGACAAGAACACCAAUAAGCCACUUGCCGACCGGGAAAUCAAAGAGAAAUAUCACGAUUUUAUACGUGAAAACUGUGGCAUCCGCUAUGCAGAGAGUAAACCGGAUUCACCAUCAUGGACGGGCAUGGAGUCGCUACACGAAAUCGAGAUUUUGAAAGAUCAUGAGCCAGUCGAGGUUAGCAACGAAACCGCAGUGCAACUGAAAAACAUUCAUGGCGACAACUUGAACAUCAUGUCAAAUGAAGGAACGGGGCAGUCAAAGAUUGUGCUGAAAAAGGGGGCGAAAAUCAUGAUACCCAAGCUGCAACGUACGCAACAUACCGUCGCUGGCCAAGUCCCCACGGGCUGGAAUCCCAGCACUUAUGGGAUCCCUGAAGAAAUCAUCGCCCAAGUCGAUCCGGUAACUCUUUUUGCGCUGGUCGCCUCGGCUGAAGCCUUCCAAUCUGCGGGCAUCUCAGAUCCUUACGAAUUCUACGACCACUUGCACGUUGGUGAGGUGGCAAAUUGUACGGGAUCUGGUUUCGGAGGGAGUGCCAGCAUACGGAAAAUGUUCAAGGGGCGCUAUCAAGAUCAGCCAGCAGCAAAGGAUAUCCUUGCCGAGUCCUUCAUCAGCUCCACCAGCGCAUGGAUAAACAUGCUUCUCAUGUCGUCUGCCGGGCCCAACAAGACGCCUGUGGGAGCAUGUGCUACGGCGUUGGAGUCUCUAGACACUGCCUUUGAUCUGAUACACGCCGGAAAAGCCAAAAUGUGUCUGGUAGGGGGCUUUGAUGACAUGCUUAAAGAAAUUUCCGAUGAGUUUGCCAAUCUCAAGGCCACGGUCAACGCGGAUGAUGAUGCUGCAAGAGGCCGGGAGCCAUCCGAGAUGAGUCGGCCGGCCACCUCGACUCGCAACGGCUUUGUCGAGUCGGAAGGCGCGGGAGUCCAAGUUGUUACAUCGGCAAGUGUCGCUCUUGAGAUGGGCUUGCCGAUCCAUGCCGUGAUUGCAUUGACGCGGACAGCAAUGGACGGAGCCAGCAGAUCAAUUCCGGCACCGGGCCAGGGCCUCUUGGGCUCAGCCGCUCAAACGCCAAGUAAAUACGACUCCCCGUUGAUGAGCAUGGCACACCGCAAGCGGUCGCUACGCAAGAGGUUGCAGCAAGCCGCCGAGAUGCGCGAGCUGCAGAUUUCUGACCUCGGGGAGGAGAUUGCCCACCUGAAGCGGCAGGGCUGCUCUUUCAACGAAGCCGAGUAUCUCCAGGAUCGCAUGGCCAGCAUCGAGCAAGACGCGAAACGCGACCGAGUAGAGGCACUGAAGCUCUACGGUAACCACUUUUGGAUUCAUGACAGCCGCAUUUCACCGAUUCGAGGAGCUCUUGCUGUCUGGGGCCUCACAGUGGAUGAUAUUGAUGUUGUUUCUUUCCACGGCACCUCGACGAAAGCAAACGAGAAAAAUGAAUCAUCCGUCAUCAACGAGCAAUUCAAGCACCUCGGUCGCAAGCAGGGCAAUGUAGUCCCAGUUGUCUGCCAGAAGUCUCUUACCGGGCAUCCGAAAGGAGCUGCUGGAGCUUGGAUGCUCAAUGGCUGUAUGCAGCUCAUGGCUGAUGGAAGAGUUCCGGGCAACCGCAACGCUGACAACAUCGAUGCGGCACUACAGCAGUACGACUACCUCGUGUUUCCCAACAAAACGAUUGAAAAGCCAGAGGUCAAGGCCUUUAUUGUUCAAUCGUUUGGCUUUGGUCAGAAAGGUGCCAUGGCCAUUGGCGUCAACCCCAAGUAUCUUUAUGCAACGUUGGAUGAGGAUGACUUUGUGGCGUACAAACAAAAACGCCGGUUACGUGAGCGACAAACAAACAGAGUGUCUAGUGAAAGAUUUUUCAACAACUCGAUAUUUCAAGCAAAGGAUGGGGCUCCCUACGCUGCUGCGGACCGUUCGAGGGUGCUCUUAAGGGCCGAAGCAUAA